AUGGCUGUUGCGUCUAUGUAUAAUUUGGUUAUACACCAAAUGAACGUGAAAACAGCGUUUCUAAAUGGCGACUUGGUAGAAGAAAUAUACAUUAAGCAACCUGAAGGUUAUGUUGUGCCUGGACAAGAACACAAGGUGUAUGACAUGUUGAUAAUGGGAACAAGUUUAGACAUUAUAAAGCAAACUAAAGGUUUCUUAAUGUCUAAGUUUGAUACAAAGGACAUGGGGGAUGCUAAUGGAACAAUAGCCUAUGGCCUUCACUAUAGUGGAAAACCAGCCGUGUUAGAGGGCUAUUGUGAUGCUAACUGGAUUUCAGAUACCAAGGAAACAUUAGCAAUUAGUGGAUAUGUUUUCACAUUAGGAGGUGGAGCGAUUUCGUGGAAAUCGAUAAAGCAAUCCUGUGUUACAGGAUCCACCAUGGAAGCUGAGUUUAUAGCUUUGGAAAAGAUGUUUCGAAAGCUUCGCCGGAGUAAUACUGGAAGUAGUAGAAAGGUUGCAUCGAGAGCUUUGUCAGGGUCUAGUACUAUUUCUGAAGCCUCGCCGUCGGUCACCCCACGCAGUCUUCCUGUUCCUCACAGUGGCAAAACCUCGAGCAACAAAUAUGCGUUCAUACCCGACAAUUUCAAGACUCUCGAACAGGUUACAGCUGCUUUGAGGGAAUCAGGUCUUGAAUCAUCAAACCUUAUUCUUGGGAUUGACUUCACAAAAAGCAAUGAAUGGACAGGCAAACACUCAUUCAAUAACCGGAGCCUGCAUGCGAUUGGCAAUAUACCUAAUCCAUAUGAGCAAGCUAUUUCUAUCAUUGGCAAGACUUUGGCCCCCUUUGAUGAAGACAACUUGAUUCCCUGUUAUGGGUUUGGUGAUGCCACCACCCAUGAUCAAGAGGUGUUCAGUUUUCACAGUGAUCAUACUCCUUGUCAUGGCUUUGAAGAGGUUUUAACGUGCUAUAAACAGAUUGUUCCAAACUUGCGAUUGUCAGGGCCAACAUCUUUUGGACCUGUAGUUGAGGCUGCAAUUGACAUUGUGGAGAAAAGUGGCGGACAAUUUCAUGUUUUGGUUAUCAUUGCUGAUGGCCAGGUAACAAGAAGUGUUGAUACGAAGGAAGGAGCUCGCAGCCCACAGGAAGAGAGUACAAUUAACUCAAUUUGCACUGCAAGUUCAUAUGCACUUGCAAUUGUGCUUGUUGGAGUUGGUGAUGGACCUUGGGAUGAAAUGAGGAGGUUUGAUGAUCGGCUCCCUGCACGCAAAUUUGACAAUUUUCAGUUUGUUAACUUCACUGAUAUCAUGUCAAAAAACAUGAACCCCUCCGAGAAAGAAACAGCAUUUGCUCUAGCUGCACUGAUGGAGAUCCCUAUCCAAUAUAAAGCAACAAUGGAACUUGGAAUCCAUGGUCACAAAACAGGGAGAGCAAAGAAGAUAGUUCCUCGCCCGCCUCCUGUUCCUUUCAUGCGCCGACAACAGCCAGUUUCGGAACCAAGCAACGCCCCGGUUGUUAGUAGUGGUGAACCAAAUCAAGUGUGCCCAAUCUGCCUUACUAAUGAAAAGAAUUUAGCGUUUGGGUGUGGGCAUCUGACUUGUAGAGAUUGCGGUCAAAGUUUGUCUAAUUGUCCCAUAUGCCGUGCGCCAAUUAGGUCUCGUCUCAGAGUAUAUACUGGUUGAUCAGGGUGAGAGACGGGAUUAACCUUUUU